AUGCAGAAAAGACAAAACGAUGAAGAGAAAGAAAGAAAAAAACCACAGAAAAUAGAGAUGUAUAGGAAAGAUAGAACUCUAAAAGAGGAAAAAGUCAACUUAAAACAUGUGAAAGAUCUUUUGAAAACAACUUGGUCAGCCUAUAUUGCAGAAGUGAAAAAGAAAGAUUUUUCAUCCUAUGAAGACAUUAUACACGUAAAGCGGGACAUCAUCAGUAGAACAGCUAGAUUAACAAGUCAGCUAAGUCAAAUCACGAACGCCUUGUUACACAAAGAAAACGGAAAUGAGGAUUCUAAAAUCAAGGCCUACAGAGUAGAACUUGCCGAUGGAUUAACUGAAUAUACGAGGGACGAUAGAAAAGCAGCUCAAAGGAUGUCUGUCACUAGAGAAAACAGACAAAGUUCUGAAGAACCACAACCGGAUUAUUUUGACCAGGACACCGAGAAUACGUCCAAGAACUUGAGUGAAGAAUAUGCAAAGGCCCAAUGUAGUUUAAAAGAAUUAGACAUUAAAAAUAAAAAGUUAACAGAAGAGCUACACAAAUUGAAAGAGGAAUUGAAAGAGAAAGAGAAGAAAAUUGAAGGUACAAAGAAAGACGCGGAAGAUAAAGAUAUACAAAAAGAUUCCAAUGAGAAAGAAACUGAAAAGAAUUAUCGAGGUAAUCAUUCCAAUAAAUACAAAGACAACUCACAAAAUGGACCCAAUCAAGAGGAACACGCAGAUGAGAGACACAGAUUGCAACAUAAGCAGGGGCCAGACAAUAAAGAAACUCAACAACAGAAAUUAAAAGGAGAAUAUCAAUAUGAGAUAAACAGAUUAAAGGAAGAUUUGGAUAAAACCACAAAGGAUAAUGAUUGGAAAAUUCGAGAGUUAGAGGCUAAAUUACAAAAUGAAGAACAAGGAAAAAGUACCCUUCAAGCUCAGGUGAAAAAAAUAACGUUCGAGAAAAAUGAGGCACUCACAAGACUCAGUGAAAUAGCGGGAAGGCGGCUUCUGGAAAACAAUCCAUCCAUUGCAGACCUCAGCACAGAGAUUCGACCAACCAAAAUCGGCGAAAACUUCAAGCAACUCUAUGAUAACGAAUGGACUGAAGCAUUUGAAGAGCUAACAGAACAAGGAAAAACAGAAGAGGAGUGCAUCGAAACCCUUCUACAUAUAGUACAGGAUACAUUUACUUUUGCAAUGGAAGAGGCAAAAAGUUUUGAAUCCAGAUUGAUAUCGAUCGUCAUAUCUUUUCCUGGGAACGCAAAUAGCUCCAAUACAAACACUACCAAAGACGAGGAGGAAUUAAUCAAGCAACUCAAAAGAGUUUCCGCUGCCAGAACUUGUACUGCUGUACAAGAUGUGUAUGUUAGGGAAAUUAAAAUAAAGGAAAACAUAGGCGAAAGAUUAAAGCUGUAUGCUAGGAAAUGCAUGGAACUGUGUUGGUAUAUGGCAGUUCAAUCUCCGCCUAUGGUUAUUGUAAGUGCUGUGCAAUGUAAAGGACCUUUUGAUGAGAAAUAUUACUCACGGUACACAGCCACCGGAGAUUUGAUUGAUUAUGUGGUUUGGCCGUGUACGCUUCUGCAUGAAAAUGGUCCUGUUUUGGCAAAAGGGGUCGCUCAAGCAACUAAAGACAACAGAGAAGCCUUUAAAAGAAAACAGGCACCUGCGGCACCUAAACAAAAUAGUGAUGAACGAUGGUCCUCUACAAAACAAGGUGCUGUUGGUCAAGAAGGAAUAAGUAAUCCAAAUACAAGAUAUCAAAAGAAGGACGAGAAAAAUAAAAACGAGCAAAAUGUUCAUAAUAAAACUGAAGGUGGCCGAUUUGGACAAAGUGAUGGUUCAACUAAAACUCAGACGAGAAGUAAAAGCGUCUACGUGAAACCAGGAACUAAGGAUGAAUCAUCCGUUGGCGGACUAGCACGAAGUCAUUCCGUAAAAACCGAAACCUUCCCAGAUAACAAAGGGAAACAUGUGACCACAAUUAAAUUAUAAAACGGGAGAUGGUGUAUAAUACUUUAAAGCAAC